CAAAUAUUAAGCAGAGAAGCUUUUUAGAACGUUUAGAAAUGAAUAGUUACAAUGAUACAAUUAACAGAUUCAAUCAAGAUGACUUCUCAACUUUCUCAACUGUUCUGGGAAAAUUUAACCGUUAGUGUGUCUGUUAAAGAUGAUGCGUGUUCGGGAAAAGUGUGGUGCAAAUUCUCGAGUAAAAAAUGCGUGUCAACGUUUACUAUACUGAAAGGAGUAUCCGGAUACGCAGAAACUAGUAACAUGUUUGCUAUAUUAGGACCGAGCGGCGCCGGCAAAACCACAUUUCUUGCUGCUCUGGCAAGAAGGCUUAAAUUAACUUCGGGCACAGUGAAGAUCAAUGGGCACGACAUUUCCAAAGAAACGAUGGCAGAAAUAUCGAGUUAUAUGCCGCAAUUUGACGCUCUGCCAUCUGCACUCACACCAAGAGAAUAUAUGUCAUUUGUGUGUGCUCUGAAAAUGGAAAGUAAUUGUAGCGCAUUAGGAAGAAAAUCCUUGGCCGAACAACUUUUGCGAGACCUUGCAUUAAACGAAUGUAUCGAUACUCUUAUAUCGAAACUAUCGGGUGGUGAAAAAAAGCGUUUGUCGUUAGCCACGGAAUUAGUGACGCAGCCAAAAAUAUUUUUUCUAGAUGAGCCAACUACAGGUCUGGAUACUUUUGCCGCAACAUGCGUCGUGCAAUCGUUAAAACUGAUUGCUUCGAGAGGCACGAUAAUUUUUUGUACGAUUCAUCAACCGGGUAUGACAAUAUACAAUGCGUUCAGUCACGUGUUAUUAAUGGCUGAUGGAAGAUCGAUAUACUUUGGAACGUUGGAAAAUGCUACAGAUUUUUUUAAAAGCCAGGAUUAUCACUGUCCUAUAAACUACGAUGAGUCUGAAUAUUAUGUAAACAUUCUAUCACGCCGAAACAGAUCGGAGACAACAGAUCGCAAUAUUGAAUUAUAUCGAGCUUUCUGGCAAUCAUCACUAUCAAAAAUUCCUACGGUUGAAAAUACCAAGACAAUUUUUCGCAUUGUUCCACGAAAAAAAUCUGGAUGGUUUGUACAAUUUUAUUGGUUGCUCUGGAGAAUAUUUUUGCAAGAUAUAAGGACAGUUUCCGACAAUUGGAUCGCAUGGUUUUCUUUCUCGCUAUCCGCAAUCUUUGUCGGUAUUUUUUAUAUCGGCGCUAAUUCAUCGACGCAAGAGGGAAUACAAAGUGUUCGAGGUGCGUUAUAUUUGAUGAUAUCUGAAAUUAUAUUUACAGUCGCCUAUUCGGUCAUUUACGAAAUACCUGGCGGACUUGUUCUUUAUCUUCGUGAGAGUACCGUAUAUGCGCCAGGACCCUAUUACGUCGCCACUAUUUUGGGCUUGAUACCCAAGGCAAUAUUUAAAGCACUUUUGUUCACGAUCGUGAUAUAUUUCCUAUUACACUUGGAAUUUCGGCUGAUCGACCUUUGCUUUUAUUGUUUCUGUACGAUGACGACAGCGAUUUGCGGUAUCGCAUACGGCAUGAUGACUUCCAGUUGGAUCACCAAUGUCGAUAUUGUUACCGCGAUAAUGGUACCGCUCGAUUUGCUGCUCCUUUUGAUGGCGGGUGUAUUUUACAAUCUCCGAACUCUGCCGAUCUACUUGACAUACUUUAAAUAUAUGUCGAUGUUCUAUUACUCUACCGAAGCUCUAUCAAUAAUACACUGGUCGAAAAUAAAGAACAUUGAUUGUCCAAUCAAUCGUGAUCUGCCUUGUUUAUCGAAUGGAACGGAAGUUUUAACAGAGUAUGGAUAUAACGAAGGAAAUUUUUGGUGGGACAUGGUCGGAUUGCUGCUUCUGAUAAUUCUGAUGAAUGUUGUUGGAUACUUUGGCACCAAGAGAAGAAGAGAAUCAAGAUCAAUUAUUUAGUCGGCGACCGAAAGAGGCAGUC